UGGUUUGGUAAGAGCAUGGUGACUGAACCAUCAAGAAAAUGUGAGCAGCAGGCGCCCAGUCAGCGCAGCUCCCUCCUGUCGCUUCACAGGGACUGGAGUCGGGGCUUUUAUUUUCUCACAUUUUCUUGGAUAUACCUCCAUCUCGCCAAGAUGAUACUUAUUUUUGUUGUUGUUGCGGCUUUGCUGACAGAAAAUCUAGCGCUUCCAAUGGGAAAAGAAGGGCAGAGAGAAGACGUGGUGACACGCUGUUUGGUUGAAGUCCUGUCCAAAGCUCUCUCCAAACCGGACUCCCAGCUGAACCAGGAAUGCAAAGACAUUCUCCAAGCAGGGGUUAAACAUGCCCCGCUGGACAAGAAGAGCACGGAUGGGACAGCAGCUCAUGGAGAGGUCGCCAAAGGUCAACCUGAAGAGCCCGAGGCAAAGGGAGCUAAUUUGAAAGACAUCGAGGCUCUCCUGAAAUCCGUGGAGGAAAAAAGAGAAAUCCCAGAGGACGAGCGCAGCCAAGAAUCCUGGAGUCUGCUGGGUGACGAGAAGGAGAAGAGACACGAGAACGAAGAGGAGGAAGAGCGGGAGAAGAGGAGCAACUAUAGGCCUAGAUACCACCAAAGGAAAAACAAACGAGGAGAGGAAGAAGACGACAACGAGCGGAGUCAGGAGAGCUGGGGUCUCGAGGAAAAGAGAUCAGAAGACGAAGAAGGAGGUGAAGAGAGAGAGAAGAAGAACAGCGGCUAUAGGCCUAGAUACCACCAAAGGAAGAACAAACGAGGAGAGGGAGAAGACGACAACGAGCGGAGUCAGGAGAGCUGGGGUCUUGAGGAAAAGAGAUCAGAUGAUGAAGAAGGAGGUGAAGAGAGAGAGAAGAAGAGCGGCUAUAGGCCUAGAUACCACCAAAGGAAGAACAAACGAGGAGAGGGAGAAGACGACAACGAGCGGAGUCAGGAGAGCUGGGGUCUUGAGGAAAAGAGAUCAGAUGAUGAAGAAGGAGGUGAAGAGAGAGAGAAGAAGAGCGGCUAUAGGCCUAGAUACCACCAAAGGAAGAACAAACGAGGAGAAGAAGAAGACGACAACGAGCGGAGUCAGGAGAGCUGGGGUCUCGAGGAAAAGAGAUCAGAUGAUGAAGAAGGAGGUGAAGAGAGAGAGAAGAAGAGCAACUAUAGGCCUAGAUACCACCAAAGAAAAAACAAACGAGAUGAGGAACCUUUAGGAGAGGAGAGGGAGGAGCCAGAGGAAGAGCGUAGCCAAGAGUCCUGGGAUGUGGACAAAAGGCAAGGCAAUGAGGUAGAUGAGGAGGAGGAGAGAUCCAAGCGCAUAUGGAAGCCCACACAUCGCUACCACCACAAGAAAAAGUUCCACAAACGCGGCGAUGAACCAUCAGAGGUGGAGGAUGAUGGUGAACGCAGCCAGGAGUCCUGGGGUCUCGACAAGAGGGAGUGGAGGGCCGGAAGGUUCCACCAGAGGAGACGCAAACGCGAUGAGGAGCUCCCAGAAGAAGCACAAGACGAGCCCGACGAAGAACGCAGCCAAGAGUCCUGGGGUCUCGACAAGAGGGGGUGGAGGCCCGGCAGAUAUCACCAGAGGAAACACAAACGCGAUGAAGAGCUCUCAGAAGAAGCCAGGGAAGAGCCCGAUGAAGAGCGUAGCCAGGAGUCUUGGGGUCUCGACAAGAGAGGGUGGAGGCCCGGCAGGUACUACCAGAGGAAACACAAACGCGAUGAAGAGCUCUCAGAACAAGCACGAGACGAGCCCGAUGAAGAACGCAGCCAAGAGUACUGGGACUUUGACACUGGAAAGGAAAAGAGAGACUGGAGGACCGGCAGGCAUCACCAGAGGAGACACAAACGUGACGAAGAGCUCUCAGAGGAGGAGAGAGAAGAGCCAGACUCGGAACGCAGCCAGGAGUACUGGGGCUUGGACAAAAGACACGGAAAAGGUGAAGAAAUAGAAAAGCGUAUAUGGAAACCGACACAUCGGUACCACCAUAAAAAGAAAUAUCACAAGCGUGGCGGAGGCUCAUCGGAAGAAGAGGAAGAACAGAGGGGGGAUGCAGAGGAAAACGAGGAGGCGCCAAAGGACGGCGAGGAAGCAAUAAGGUAUCUGGCAGAGAAACGCAAUCCCUGGAUUUUCAGAGGUUUCUACCAUCCUGCAUGGAAAAGGGAUUCAGACGAGCAUGCUGCAAACUCAAACAAGAUGGAUGAACUGGCCAAAUUGCUGAGCUAUAAGAUAAACCAGCUGGCCGACCACUCUAAUCAAGAGGAGCCAAAGAGGAGCAUGCACCAGAGAGCACUCACUCCACAGGAGGAGAAAGAGCUGGAAAACCUUGCAGCAAUGGACACAGAGUUGCAGAAAAUCGCUGCCAAGUUGCAUGACAACAAUGCAUAAGCCAGGAUGGACAGCAUUUCAAGACACUGUCGGUGGAUAAAAACUGCUUAGUGUGCUUACAGUGUUAAAAAAAACGACAAAAAAAAACCUGGAGCCUUGCCUAAAACAUUUUAUCAACUUGUUUAUCAUCGUAUUUGUGAUAUUUUGAUGUUAAAUUAAUCAGCAUGGGAAUGGUUUUGAUGUUUAUAUAUAUAAAUAAUAAGAGAAAAUAUGAGAUUAAAAUAUAUCUGAGACAAAUUAUUCAAAUCAUUGUAUUUUGAAGAGUUUGUUCACUCAAUAAAAGGAGUUAUUCUGGGACCAAA